AUGCUCCUCUCUCCUCACCUUGCGCGCUCCUCUCGCCACCCCUCGCGUGCUCCUAUCACCUCCCCUCGCCAUCUCCCCUCGGACAGGUGGGGUGCUCCUCUCUCCUCACCUCCCGUGCUCCACUCGGACAGGUGGGGUGCUCCUCUCUCCUCACCUCCCGUGCUCCCCUCAGACAGGUGGGGUGCUCCUCUCUCCUCACCUCCCGUGCUCCCCUCGGACAGGUGGGGUGCUCCUCUCUCCUCACCUCCCGUGCUCCCCUCGGACAGGUGGGGUGCUCCUCUCUCCUCACCUCCCGUGCUCCCCUCAGACAGGUGGGGUGCUCCUCUCUCCUCACCUCCCGUGCUCCCCUUGGACAGGUGGGGUGCUCCUCUCUCCUCACCUCCCGUGCUCCACUCGGACAGGUGGGGUGCUCCUCUCUCCUCACCUCCCGUGCUCCACUCGGACAGGUGGGGUGCUCCUCUCUCCUCACCUCCCGUGCUCCCCUCUGACAGGGCAGGGUGCUCCUCUCACCUCACCUCCCGUGCUCCCCUCGGACAGGGCAGGGUGCUCCUCUCUCCUCACCUCCCGUGCGCCCCUCUGACAGGUGGGGUGCUCCUCUCUCCUCACCUCCCGUGCUCCCCUCUGGCAGGUGGGGUGCUCCUCUCUCCUCACCUCCCGUGCUCCACUCUGACAGGGCAGGGUGCUCCUCUCUCCUCACCUCCCGUGCUCCCCUCUGACAGGUGGGGUGCUCCUCUCUCCUCACCUCCCGUGCUCCCCUCUGGCAGGUGGGGUGCUCCUCUCUCCUCACCUCCCGUGCUCCACUCUGACAGGGCAGGGUGCUCCUCUCUCCUCACCUCCCGUGCUCCCCUUGGACAGGGCAGGGUGCUCCUCUCUCCUCACCUCCCGUGCUCCCCUCUGACAGGUGGGGUGCUCCUCUCUCCUCACCUCCCGUGCUCCCCUCUGACAGGGCAUGGUGCUCCUCUCCUCUCGCCUCCCGUGCUCCCCUCUGACAGGUGGGGUGCUCCUCUCUCCUCACCUCCCGUGCUCCACUCGGACAGGUGGGGUGCUCCUCUCUCCUCACCUCCCGUGCUCCACUCGGACAGGUGGGGUGCUCCUCUCUCCUCACCUCCCGUGCUCCCCUCUGACAGGGCAUGGUGCUCCUCUCCUCUCGCCUCCCGUGCUCCACUCUGGAAUGUGGGACGCUCCUCUCUCCUCACCUCCCGUGCUCCCCUCUGA